UAUAGGCUACUGGAGCCAUUGAGAUAUUUUCGCAGCGUUAGUCAUCGCACUAGCCGCAGUGUAGCCGAGUCCGUCUACUAUACGUCCUCUUUGAAUUGCCAGCUCUGUGGUUCAGUAAGCACGUUUUUAGCCGUUGGAUUUGGUUAAUCCCUUAUUUUUAAACCGAAUCACCACAGAUACAUUUUUGCUGCUGCUAUCAUGGUCGCCCGUGGUUUUGACUCCAGGCGGGUUUUCUGAGGGUAUUGGGCACGCGGCUCCGGUCAUUAGUUUGUUUGCGCAGGAAGUGGCAGCCGACGCCAGUGGCCGGGCAGGUGAUGUUUGCUCACGUCAGCCGCUCGCGUUUGAGGGGUGCAGGGGACGCGGCUGGAGGGAGCGCGCUGUUGCAUCGCCUAACCGGAUAACCAGAUAACCGCUAUCUUCUGUCGUCUCCGUUAUACAGAAAAGGAAUCCGAGUGUACCAUUUCUGGAGGUGGAACAAAAACCCCGACCGUUUGUGUGUCUGUCUGUGCAUAUUAGUGUUUUUUUGUGCGCGGAAUCUAAAAUUCGUUUUCCGUUAGUCUAUAGAAAGGCAAUGCGCCCACCCAUGCGAUGACAUUUGUUGGAGAGAGAGGAUAGACUAUAUUGGCUUCAUGCAGAAACUCUGGUUUCGAGUAGAGAGUAAUUUACGUGUCUUGCUUUGCGUUUCAGGAGAAAAAAAUUGUGUUGAAGGAGAAUGCAGCAACCACAUUUUUAACCAUGCAGAACCGGGCCGUUUCCGGUUCUUAGGCUGGUGUGUCCCCAUCUGAAACCGUAUGGGGAAAGCGGCAGACACAGAUGGCAUGGACACUUACGCAAGGUCUGCCGCUCUGCCCUGCUAUCGGAGCAUAUUCGCAGUCUCCCACUUCAACCCCGCUCCGUCAUCCGCGCCCCUCAGCCGCCCCAGCACUGCAGCAACGGAGCCACGGCCGACGGCAUGAGGCUUGAUCCGGUGCAUUUCUCCAUGCUGGUCAUUGGGGUCUCCUUCGCCUGUUACGCCCCGAGUCUCAAUUCCCUCCAAGACCAGGCGUACCGAUCUGCCGUGGUCAUCGAGGGCGAGGUGCGCUCUUCGCCUGAAAACGUCUCUCGGGAGCCGUACAGUGUGAAUGUCAAAGUGCUGGACGUGUGGCCCGUGAACAGCGGCGGGCUCGAGCGGGAGCAGCUCGUGACCGUCGGGGACUUCGGUUCCGAGGCCCCGUGCACCACUGUUGAGGAGAACCACAGAUAUAUAUUUUUCAUGGACCCAACAGGCGAACCUUUAGUAUUCAAGGCAUCGUUUGCUCCACUGGACGCGAGCGGAACCGACCUGAAGAAGGAUGUGGAGAGCGUCUUGUGCGAGGACUGCGCUGCAGCCCCUAAGUUGCGGCUGAUGCGGGGACAGUCUCUGAUGGAGGGGGACAGGCUGUAUCUAAAGUGUGAGGCAUCUGGAAAUCCCAGCCCAUCCUUCAGAUGGUACAAAGACGGUCGUGAGCUCCAGAGAGGAAAAGAUGUGAAAAUCAAGACCAAUAAGAAAAACUCCAAGGUCCAGAUAAACCGAGCAAGACUGGAGGAUUCUGGCAACUACACCUGUGUAGUGGAGAACAUGCUAGGCCAGGAGAACGCAACAAGCAGCAUCAGCGUGCAGAGCCGUGAGUCCACACCGUCCUCUCUCUACAUGAUCACUACUCUCUCACCUGGUUUGAGUCACGCACGGCGCUGCAACGAUUCCGAGAAGUCGUACUGCGUUAACGGUGGAGACUGUUAUUUCAUACGCGGCAUAAACCAGCUGUCAUGCAAGUGUCCAAAUGACUAUACAGGUGAUCGCUGUCAAAAAUCCGUCAUGGCAGGUUUCUACAAGCAUCUUGGAAUUGAAUUUAUGGAGGCAGAGGAGCUGUACCAGCGGCGGGUGUUAACCAUCACAGGCAUCUGUGUGGCAUUGCUGGUAGUGGGCAUCGUCUGUGUGGUGGCCUACUGCAAAACCAAGAAGCAAAGGAAGAAGAUGCAUGGCCACCUAAACCAGAAUGUGAACCAGAACCAGUGUGUGGAGCAGCCCAACCGCAUGUUGGCAAACGGGCCCAACCACCCUGGCCCAGGCCCUGAGGAGAUUCCCAUGGUAGAUUACAUCUCAAAGAACGCUCCCACCACAGAGUGUGGUGUAAUACGACAUGGAGCGGAAGGGACAGGCAAUUACGCAGGCAGUCGACUGUCGACCAGAUCACACCACUCAUCUACUGCUUCACACAACUCCAGACAUGAGGAGAGGACGUGGAGUAUAGAGAGGACAGACAGUAUGAACUCGGACUGUCAGUCGGGGGCGGUGUCGUCAUCUGUGGGCACCAGUAAGUGCAGCAGCCCAGCCUGCAUGGAGGCACGGGCCAGGAGGGCAGCCCACUGGGGCUGUUCUGAGGGGGCCAGCAUGCAGUAUGGAGACUCGUAUGACUCUCUGAGAGACUCGCCUCAUAGCGACAGAUACGUGUCAGCGUUGACCACGCCAGCUCGUCUGUCGCCCGUAGAGUUCCACUACCCCCCGCUGCCCCCACAGGUGCCCACUUUCCACAUCACCUCCCCCAACACCGGCCACGCCCUUGCUCCACCACCCACCGCCGCAGCCUACCACCGGGAUGACGACCAGCCCCUGCUGAGAUGCCCUCAGGACGGACAGUUGUAUCGGCAGCCCCGACGUCCCCGGCGGCCGUACCUGACGGAGAGUACGGGGAGCCUACCGUCCAGCCCGUACCGCCUCCCUGACGACGAGGCCUAUGAGACCACGCAGGAAUACGCCUCCUCCCGCGAGCCAAUCAGGAGCCGCCGACGCCCGCGUCGGAACCGCCUCAACGGACACGUCACCCAACGUGCGAUGGGCCUACGGGACUACAGCUCUCAGAGCUUCAGCCAAUCAGAGGAGGAAGAGGAGGAGGAAGAGGGGCACGGGGAAAGCACGCCCUUCCUUAGCAUGCAGAACAUGAACACAGAGCCGUGUGAACGUGGGUACCAAUCGUCUACCGGCCCCGGAGCCGCUGCAGGCAUGCAGACUCACCGGGGACGGCCAAGCACCCGCAGCAACGGACACAGUAAAAGCUCCCAAUCUCGCUCCUCCAAACAUGACAACACACCCCUUUAAGACCCGCCCACAUCCAGCCCUGACCUCUGACCCCUGACCUACCUACAGACAACAGUGGAUUAGAGACCUGCACCUAGGAGAAAUAUUUUUAUUUUGUAUAACAGACAGAUAUUCUAAACAAAUGAAAUAUUUAUUUUCAUUUCAGCAAAAAUUGUCUACUAGCUAACAGCAAAGACUUUUUUUAUAGGGGAAAAAUAUUUAUAUGUAAAGUUUUUGAUUUACAGCAUUGUGAGAGAAAAAAAUGAUUACGUGCCAAUUUUUCACGAGUUAGAUAAUAGAAUAAUAUUGUGGUGCCUUUUGCUGUGUGCUGAAGCCGGAGGUUCAGUUGAGUUUUUGUAGCCUUUCUUAUACAGACUCCUCAUUUUUAUAGACCUGAUCUCCUUGCUUUGAAUUCUGUUCUCUGAUUUGGGAUCUCCCUGUAUGAACUGUGAUAUGAUUCUAUCAUCAUGCAAUAUGAAUCACUCCUGUGUAAAGGUGUAUGUUUACAUGAGUAUGAUCCACACGCACUUGUUUGGGGGGGACAUUUAUCACAGACGAAAGAGGAAUUGGUCUCCUGUCCUGGUACAGGAAGUGAUGGGAUCGUUUUUGAUAGGUUGCUCCAACAAACCCACUCAUUCAUGCCAUCAUCCACUACCUGUCAUCGUAUGUGUAUAGUUUCCAUAGAAACAGAGCAGUACAAGUGUUCAAUGGGUUACCUACACAGGUGUUCAUUGUUUCUUUAAAAGUGAGAGUGUAGCUGACGGUUGGUCUGUGUGUGCGUGUUUUUGAGUGUGUGCGUACGGUUGUGUGUGUGUGUGUGUGUGUGUGUUUGUGUUUGUGUUUGUAUGAAUGCAUGCUCCAUGAUUAGUUGUAGGCUGGUCACAGCAGGGGAGCCCUGAGUGUGUCCAUCAAGCUAUGAGGGUGGGGUCACUGUUAAACUGACAUACUCAACCGGCCAAUCCUCAUGCUGCCAGAAGCUCCAUUGCACUGUAAAACCUCCUUCCAUGAGCAGUCAUUAGCCAGGGAGCUGCCAAUCCAACCAUCCAGUUAAUCCAGCCUGAUUCUGGCCUACAUGGACUGCCCAACCCCGUUCCUAUGCCAGCAGCUUAACUAAAGCCGCACUGUGUCUCAGGACUUUCAUAUCCCAUAGAGUAAAAGACUUCAUUUCCCAAGAACCACAGUUGUCCAUAGGCCAGAUCCAUUAUGUCCAUUAUCCUUGUCUGUUUUCAUGUGUAAUGUAGUAAGGAGUUUUGGAAACUCUUGAAACUUGAAAAAUAGUGGGUUUUAAAAAUGCCAAAAUACUGAUAUGUAGGUCAUGUUGAGUCUCUCGGAUGAUUGUUCUAUGACAGUGAAAAGACACGGGUUAAUUCUCUGGUGAUGCUAAUAAUGAUGAUGAAGAUGGGAACAACGUUGGCUCGUAAUGAUGAUGGUACUGGUUUACCAUUGUGCUCUGACUAGUGACACAGGUUUUUUGCAAAGUCUCCUACAAUGACUGUGGUAUGUUUGAGUCUGUUCGUUUUUUUUUUUCAUCAUAACCAACAAGAAUGAUGUUAGACAUUACUGCAUCCUUUUUUUAUUUGCAUUCCUAUACCUUUAUAAUUAACAUGAGUAUAACUUGCUUGGUCAUAUUGACUGAAUGAUCAGAUAUGUGUUUGUCUCUGUCUGCCUCCCCAUCUUGACAAUGACAUCAGAGAGGAUAUAACAGAACAUAUUAUGGGAUGUGUUACAUUUGACAACAGCAUGUCCGCUCCGCUAUGGGAACCGGGCAUUCAUCAGAAAGUGUUCACCUCAGAAAUACGAUCAAAUGGACAGAGAACUUCGCACUCCUCUACCUAAUGGGGAAAAGGACAUUGUGUGAAAUACCAGCACAGUAUCACAGGUUUUCGUGAAAUUGACAGGACUUGCUUAUUAGAAAUUUGUGACACACACUCGCUAAAUGUUUGUUUUUGAGUCCAGGACACAAUUUUCUUCAGGUGUUGGAAGAGAGGUAUGUGAUUGGUUGACUCAACUUGCAUUUCAACCAGGAACCGGAUGGAGCUUGCAUUGUGGGCAGGCUAGAACAUUAUACCUGGCUCUUAUUUUAAAUCCUAACCUUAACCCUUACCCAACAUUUAUUACGUUCAUUUCUUCCAUCAGGACAUAUCUGAACAAAUCGUGUCCUACUUUACCAAAACCUUUGAUACUCUGUUGCAAAUACAUGAGUCCCAAUGAGUUGGUUUCUAAAUGAAAAUAUACAUUUGCCCCUUAACCAGUAGUCUCACAGGAGAUGCAUGUAUCACACAUUUUAUUGAUAAGUAGGCCUACCUUAAAAAAAUAUGACAACCAACUCUUUGAUUAAUUUUGAGGACUACUGUGGAAUAUCACAUGUUAUUUUCCUGGCCCAAAGUUCUGGCUAGUUUGUCUUAGUAUCCCUGUAUUCAAUCUGAGAUUUGCAAUGUGGAAUACUGCAAGUGAGGGUAGUGUGCUUCUAGUGGUAGUUAAACUGUAAAAUCCCCCUUUACCUCCUUCCCUUGCAACCAAUCCUUCCUAGAGUCUACAUUUUCUUUCUCUCUCCUUCUCUCGCUACACACACACACACGCACGCACACGCAUGCACACACACACACACA